AUGUCUGAAGAAACAGAUUUUAGCAAAGCAAUUAAAAUUGAACCGUUCGAUGAUUAUCCUCAAGUGAAACAGGAAUUUGAUAAUUAUGACAAUACAUCAGAUUUAUAUAUGGAUAAUGAUAUAUGUCUGCAGCAAUUUCUAAAAUCUGAGGUUACAAUUGACGAGGAAAUAAAACAAGAAACGAUUGAUGACCAAGAUGACGUGGCUAGUACAAACAAAACAGUUUUAGAUAAAAAUUCUUAUAUAUGUGAUGAAGAAGUCAGUAAUUCAAGUAAUUUAGUGGAUAGCACAAACAAAUCAUUUGAAGAAGUUUCAGCAAAAACUAAAACAACUAAUAACUUGAAACAGUAUAAAUGUGAAUCAUGCAAUAAAACAUUCACAGCUAAACAUAGCUUACAACAACAUGUAAUGAUUCACACUGGAGAACGGCCUUAUGAGUGCAAAAUAUGCAAUAAAAGAUUUUUAUGGUCAAGUAAUUUAAGAAAACAUUUAUCAGUGCAUACUGAAGAACGACCUUACACAUGUGAAAUAUACGUCCAUUCUGGAGAACGCUCUUAUGAGUGCAAAAUAUGCAAAAAAACAUUUUUACAGUCUGAUAGUUUAAGAAAGCAUUUAUCAGUUCAUACUAGAGAACGUCCUUAUGUGUGCGAAAUAUGUAAUAAAACAUUCAGAAUAAGAAAUAUGUUAAAACAACAUAAAGUGGUCCAUUUUGGAGUACGCUCUUAUGAGUGCAAAAUAUGUAGUAAAACAUUUUUACGGUUAAGUCAUUUAAAAAGACAUUUAUCAGUUCAUACUGGAGAACGGCCUCAUGAGUGCAAAAUAUGUAAUAAAACUUUUUCACGGUUAAGUUAUUUAAAAGCACAUUUAUCAGUUCAUACUGGAGAACGCCCUUAUGAAUGUGAGACAUGCAAUAAAACAUUCAGAACAAAACCUUUAUUAAGGCAACAUGAACGAAGACAUAUUAGAGAACAAACUGUAAAAAAAGAACAGUCAACAAAACUGUUGAAUCAGUCUAGAAACUGUCCUACCUUAUAA